AAGGAUGAGAAUGGAGAAGAUCAAGCUAUUGGCUAUGCAGAAGUUCAUAUGAAAUGCUAUAGUAUUGUAUGUGAAAAUUCACAAAAAAAUAUAAUUAAGGCUAAAGGUCUUAAAAAGUCUUUCAUCAAGAAAGAGCUUUUAUAUAAAAUAUUCGAGGACUAUGUUUUAGAAGAAAAAGAAAAUCAAUCAUGA